UUUGUUUCCCUCAUUUGUCAACAUCUCUUUUGAUUGUGAUUGUCUAUUUUGAUUAAAUGAUUUAAUUCUCAAUCUCUUUUCCAUAUCAAUGUCAAUGUUAUAUAAUCUGUUGAUUGUUCGCGUGUUUCCUGGUAAAUAAUUAAUCAAAAUUGAUGAUAAACAAAAAGAUGCAAAGUGUCAAGGGGAACAACAUAAUCACCAAUAGUUGAAUUGGUUAACAACAGAAAAAGGAGGAGAACGUUAAUCAAACUGGAAUUUGUUGAUUCAAUCGAUACUUAACUUUCUGUUAAUCCAGUUUAUCAUCACUAUUCCAUCUUCAACCAUUAACAAUUCAUCUUCUUCUUAUUUCCAGAAUUGAUUAUUUAUUUUCUAUUCUCUCUUCCAAUCUCAAGUAUCGUUCUUCCUUUCAACAAAUCUUGGAGUUUUCUUUUUCUCUUUUGUUGUUUUGUUGUUUCUCCUUCUCUCUGAUUAAUUGGUGGCAAUGAUUCAGAAAAAAUGGACACUCAGUGUCCUUAUCAUUCUGACCACUAUUCCAUUGGUCAUCCAAUCAACAACUGACAGUGACUAUAAAAUAGGUGUUGGUAUCGGUGACAUAACCGGACCAGCAGCUGAGAUCAACAUGAUGGGAUAUGCUAAAAGUGGCCAAGACACGGCUGGUAUUCAUUUCCGUUUAUAUGCUCGGGCUUUUAUCAUUGUCGACACACAAGGGUCUCGUGUUUGUUAUGUGAACACCGAUUUGGCGAUGGUUUCGCAAGCGGUUCACAAUGAGGUUAUCAAACAAAUAGAAGACAAAUAUCCAGGAAUCUAUUCGAGGAAAAACACUUUAAUUGGUGCGACUCAUACACACUCUGGCCCAGGGGGUUUUCUUCAAUAUGUACUUUACAUUAUCUCCUCUCAGGGUUUCAUUUGGCAAAACUUCAACGCAAUCGUUUCAGGAAUCGUCAGGAGUGUUGAUAGAGCUCAUCAUAACAUUCAACCUGGUAAAAUCUUUUACAACGAAGGUGAAUUAUUGGAAUCUAAUAUAAAUCGGAGUCCAGCUUCGUAUAUGAACAAUCUCGAUGAGAGACGAAAGUACAAACAUGAUACGGAUAAACAAAUGCAAAUAUUGAAAUUUGUUUCCAAUUCUAAUGAACCGAUUGGCCUGUUAAAUUGGUUUGCAGUUCAUCCAACUAGUAUGAACAAUACUAAUCGUUUAAUCAGUGGGGAUAAUAAAGGUUAUGCUGAAUAUUGUUUCGAGAAAUUAAUGAACCAGAAUUCGUUACCUGGAGAAGGUCCAUUCGUUGCCGCUUUCGCUAAUUCCAAUCAAGGUGAUGUCUCACCGAAUAUAAAAGGACCCAAAUGUACCAACUCUGGUAUUCCAUGUGACAUUGAGACAAGUACUUGUAAUGAAAGUUCAGAGAGAAGAUCAAAUAUGAGAACCGGCUCGUCAAUUCAAACCGUAAAACGAUUUGACAACGUGCGAACUAUAAGAAGACAAGCUCGAAGACGAUAUGAUACCGAUAAUGAUUCAAAUGAGAUUCUUGGAAAUUUACAUCGACGUCGACCUCGUGAUUCGGAAACAUUUGAACGUAAUAUUAACAACGAUACUUUGGUUAAUGAUCCUAAUAAAGCGCCAACUCCUCCAGCCGAAAAGGGUGUUUGUAUCGCCUCUGGACCAGGACGAGAUAUGUUUGAAUCGACUAAGAUAAUCGGUGAACGACAAUGUACUAAAGCAAAAGACCUUUGGGACAAUGCCAAGACCACAAUUAAUGGACCAGUAGAGUUUAUUCAACAAUAUGUCGAUAUGUCCAAUGUGUUGGUCGUUCUUUCUGACAAUUCAACUGUGAGAACCUGUCCACCCGCUAUGGGCUACAGUUUCGCCGCUGGAACAACAGACGGACCUGGAGCUUUUAAUUUCCAUCAAGGAGCCACCCAAUCAACACCUUUCUGGAAUUUUGUUCGGGAUUUCAUCAAACGACCAAGUCCAUCGAUGAUCAACUGUCAUUACCCCAAACCGAUUCUACUUGACACCGGAGAGAUGAUGUUCCCUUAUCCAUGGCAACCCUCAAUACUACCAGUACAAUUGUUGAAAAUUGGACAGUUGAUAAUUGUUGGUCUACCGGGUGAGUUUACUACUAUGGCGGGUAGACGAGUUCGUGAGACUGUUAAAAAAGAGUACGAAAGAAUCAAACCAGGAUCAAAUGUGAUCGUAACUAUCGCUGGUCUUGCAAACGCGUAUUCAUCUUAUGUGACAACUUUCGAGGAGUAUCAAAAGCAACGGUACGAAGCUGCAUCAACCAUUUUCGGUCCGCACACUUUGGCUGCUUACCAACAAGAGUUGCGUAUGUUAACAGGCCAUUUAGCCGCUAAGAAGGAUGUCGAAAAUGGACCUUCCCCACCCAAUCUAUUGGGUAAACAAAUCUCCUUCAAACCUGGAGUAGUUAUGGACUCCGCUGGUCGAGGUAAAAAUUUCGGUGAUGUUUUGGUUCAGCCAGAAUCGAGGUACAAACGGGGAUCCGUUGUUACAGUUUCGUUUGUCGCGGCGAAUCCUCGUAACGAUUUACAAACAGAGAAAACAUUUCUAACUGUUGAAAAAUUAGAUUCAGCUAAACAGGAAUGGAAUGUAAUUGCUACCGAUGGUAAUUGGGAAACUAAAUUCUUUUGGAUCAGAACGAGCAGAAUUUUGGGCGAAAGUGAAACGAUAAUCACAUGGGAUAUUCCAGCCAAUUGUGAACCUGGAAUCUAUCGGAUUAGACAUUUUGGUGUCUCUAAGAAUCUUUUGCAAAGACUAAAUCCCUAUGUCGGUGUUACUAAUCCCUUCCAAGUCGAUCCUUAAUCUCUUAUAAAUGAUCCAAAAACUAAAUUAUUUAUUACAAUUAUUUUCUCUUCUAAAUUGAUUGUAAUUUUUUUCUACCACCGUUUAUAUCCAUCUAGUCAUAUGCGAAGAAAAUUAAUGCAACAAAUCCGAUUACAACCAAUAAAUCAAAAUGAUUAACAAUUAAA